CGUGCCUUAUGCCCAGACCCACGUCAGCGAGUCGGUCCUGUCUUGCCGACCGAUGCGAGUCCCAGUCGAAGAGAAAGAGAGGAGAACAACACCACCACCACAAGCAAAGCACCACACAACUUACCUAGUCCCAAGCAACAGGAAGAACAAGCAGCGUCGGCCAAGUUCCAUCGGCCAACCACGGGCGCCUGGCAUUUGCACUAAAUCUUGAUUGUCCUUGAGCUACCUUACCUACCUACCUAGGUAGGUACCAAUAGGUACCUGCCUCCUUACCUUGCCUUAAUUACUCUUCUCCAGAGCUACUUUUGCCUACCACUUCCCGUUUCCCACCCGCAGAUCCUCAUGGCUGGCUACGGCAAUUUGCACUUCACAUCCUAGGACGACGAACCUAUCCUCCCAGUCAGUUUUCUGGUGCUUUCUGUUACCAUAUCCUUUGCGCCGUCCAGAUGAUACCGCAUCCCACGCGAGCCCAUCCAUCCACCGCGCUUGGAUGCCAGGCGACCGACCCCAUUCGCUCCGUCGUCAUCGCCAACGUCACCGAACUAGCACUGUUUGCUUGCGCUGCCUCGAGUGGAGGCGAACAAGAAAAUUAGCUUGUGAUACAGACGGCCGCGACCGAUCGAAAUCCACCCCCCAUCUACUCUUCGCCCUUUUCCUUUCCGACGUAUCCAAUUCCUCCCCAGCGUCCACCCGGCCAUGACGAUAGCCCCUGUGCUCGUCGCCGCCGAGCCUGCGGCGCGCCCGGACGACGGCAAGGACCUGCAGAACUGGUCCUCGCUCAUCGGCAUCAUCACCGCCAUCGUCGGCAACGUCCUCAUCGCUUUAGCCCUCAACGUCCAGCGCUACGCACACCUUCGACUUCACCGAGAGCGCAUCCGGGUCCGCCGGCGAGCGAAAGAAGCCCUGAAACAUGCGCCGCGCGGGGGCCAGACGGGACCCUACGGCUCUGUUGGCCGAGGAGGAGCCGGGGACAUGGACGAGAGCCAUGAUAACGACAAUAGGAACCGUCAUGCAGACCACGAUGCCGGAGAAUCUCAGCCCCUAACGAGAUCCUUCCGCUCCGAAGAUUCCGCCGGUUCUGACUACUCUGGCGAUGAAGACAACGACAAGGGCCCCUCGACGUACCUCCAGUCGCCGUACUGGUGGGCUGGCCAGAUCCUGAUAACUCUUGGCGAGCUGGGCAACUUCCUGGCUUACGGUUUCGCACCCGCGUCCAUCGUAUCACCCCUGGGAGUUGUCGCCCUGAUAUCCAAUUGCGUCAUUGCGCCGAUAGUGUUCAAGGAGAAGUUCAGGCAGCGCGACUUUUGGGGUGUCAUUAUCGCCGUCGCCGGCGUCGUCGUUGUCGUUCUAAGCGCCAAGCAGGAGGAGACGAAGCUCGACCCCGACGAUGUAUGGGACGCAAUCACGACCUUGGCCUUCGAGAUAUACCUGGCUGUGACGAUAUCUUUGAUUAUCAUCCUCAUGUGGGCGAGCCCAAAGUACGGCCAUCGCACCAUAUUGAUCGACUUGGGCCUGGUGGGACUCUUUGGUGGCUUCACCGCCCUGUCUACCAAGGGCGUGUCCUCGAUAUUGUCGACGACCCUCCUGGGUGCAUUCAAGACCCCUGUUGCAUGGGCGUUGCUCUUCGUCCUCCUCUUUACCGCGGUCAUGCAGGUGCGCUACGUCAACAAGGCCCUGCAGAGGUUCAGCUCGACGCAGGUCAUUCCUAUCCAGUUUGUUCUGUUCACUCUCUGUGUCAUCAUCGGCAGUGCCAUCUUGUAUCGCGAUUUUGAGAGGACGUCUGCCGAACAGGCUGGCAAGUUUAUCGGAGGUUGUUUGCUCACCUUUUUUGGCGUCUUCCUCAUUACUAGUGGUCGAGUCGAGGAAGACAUGGAGGACGGCAUGUCCGACGUGGACGGCGUGGAGGAGACCAUCGGCUUAGCAGAGCAAGAUGGAUACAGCCCAACACAGCCGCUGGCGCCUUCAUCCACCUCUAUCCAAUCCUCGACAUCGCGCCGCUCCUCUCGAGCUUCCAACGGAGGGCAUGCAAAUAACGGAUCCAAACCGUUCAGUAUGCAGCACGAUUCUGGGAUCCCCACACUCCGCGUCCCCGCGUCCGCGUCAACGGGCAACAUUACCGGCGCGGACGUGGAGCCACUGUUGGCCAACCCGUGGAGUAACUCCGCAGACGAGGUUCUCCCUCCGCCUGGCACGAGGACGAUUUCCGACGAGUCUAUUCACACCUUCCCCGGGCUCGGCUUCUCGCCAUCAGAACCCACGACGCCGUACUACGACGGCCAGUUACAGCCAAAGUACCCUACAGAUAACAGACCAGUCACACCCCGUGCAGCAUUACCGAACCGGCCCCAUAGCCAUCAAUACCCUGGCCCCCUCUUCUCUCCGUCCCCUCUAUCGUCUACGGUCAGCGCCGUGGUCAAGGACACUCUUCUCAGGAACGCGGAAAGUCCGCUACUGCGCCGGCCCUCCGUGCGGAGGUUACGCUCCAGCAUCCGGGCCAGUCUUUUCAUGCCAGAAAACAGCGAGGGCGCGGAUGUCGAUGCCGAGAGACGGGACCUGAUGAGCCGGGGGGAUGACUACACUGACGGAGGCGUCGCUGAGCGUAGUCGGACCGCGGGUGAGGGAGCGUCCAGAGAACCCCAUACGGGAAGACCGCGGAGUCUAAGCGAUACGCUUAGUGGUUUCUUCAAAUCGAAACGGAACAGGAAGGACGCCAAUACGGACCCUGAAGAAGGCGUAUGAACGAAGAGGUGGAAACGGGUUUUCUGACAAAGAAGAGACCCUUUUGAUCCGGGAGGGUGGGAAGGCGGCUUGGGUAGGCAUUGUCACAUCUUUCCCAGCAUUGCAUAUUGGCGUUCCUGGUAGAAGGAAGCCCUGGAAUCGGCUGUCAUUGGGUUUUCAUCCACUCAACAAUCAUAAAUGUUCAUCGUUUUGGGGUGGGGGAGGCGCAGGGAUAGGAUACUGGAACGUUGUUUUGAUUUUCACCUGUAUAUAGACUUUCCCCCUCGCUUGUCUCCCUCCUCCCAUCCCAACUAUAUACUUGGGAUCUGGGUCACGAAUACAAUGGGCUCUACUUCGACAUGGUUACACGAUGUGCCUUUCAAUUACUCGUAUGCACUCGCUGACGGAGACAGUCGGCUGACCAGUAUCGCAUUACCUUGCAAACAGGCACGAAGAUGAGACCGGGAUUCUUGACAGACUACGUAAUGUUGUGGAUAUCAAGUGAAAUUCGAUGCUUUUGGAUAACCCUCGGUGAUGCACUGAGCCCAUAAUUACACCCCUCGCACAUGUCUUCUCUCUUCACCUGACCUACACCUA